UGGUCCUGAGCACCACUGACGGUUAGCUACACACUCACGCAUCUCGCAACGGGGUGUUUUUGUCCCUCUGGCGCUUGCCGUAGACACGUGAUGAACCCGGAAGUAAGAGGCGGAUUGUUGUUUUGAUGGAGGAAAGAAAGCAUGGACGCCGGUGGAAGAAGACGAGCUCGCGUGUCCAGAGCUAAAACAGAUGGAAAAGCAGCUCAGGUGAGGAGGUCUGCUGAAGAGGAGGCCAGAAGGAAGGAGAUUUUGAAGGAGAGUCUGAGGGAGAGGCUUGAGUUGGAGAGGAGAGCUCUUCAGGUGGUGGAGAGGCUCCUGGACGACAGCGUGACUGAGGAUUUCCUGGUCGACUGUGCAAGACUGAUCACGCCAGCAAACUACAGAGAUGCAGUAGAGGAACGUUCCAUCGCCAAAAUGUGUGGGUACCCAGUCUGCUCCAACAAACUUGUUAACGUUCCGAGGCAACGGUUUAAAAUUUCCACCAAGACCAACAAGGUGUAUGAAAUCACAGAGCGCAAGUGCUUCUGUUGCAAUUUCUGCUACAAAGCUUCGAAAUAUCUGGAGGUCCAGAUUUCCAAAUCACCGCUGUGGCUGAGGAAGGAGGAGAGACCUUCUGAGGUGAAGUUGUUGAAGAAAGGAGAUGGAGGUACUUCAGGUCUGGAGGUGAAGCUAUCAGACAGACAUGUGACCACAUCAGACAUCGAGAAUCCGAUCCCAGAAAGCACCGGUUCUCACAGAGGCAUCGGUGAUGGUGAGGAGAGUGGUGAUGGUGGUGAUGAUGAGGAAGAGGAGGAGCAGGGCUUCGUGUCCAGUGUGGUGUCCAGACCACAGCAGCAACACAGGAGACAUGUUCACUGGGGUGAUCUGCCCAGACAGGGCGGAGACAAACAACAAACAUGUGAAGGUGACCCUCAAACAUCAGGAGCGAGGAGCGAGAGAGAAACGCGCAGCGAUGGUGCUCAGGUCUCUCAAGCAAUCAGUGACUCCUUAUCAGUGGAGGAAACCAGCAAUGUUCUAGAUCAGGUCGCUCUUUCAGACUCGGAUGGAACGAGCCUCAACAUCUCCCGAGUGGGGAUGAGUAAACAAACCGCCGCCGGACUCCGGAAUCUGCUGAAGAGCUCCGGGAGAACGAGAGCCGAAGCUCCAGUGGUCACGCUCAGCCUAAUGGAAUGUCUCACACGCACGCUGAUGGAGUGGAGAACCGAGGAGACCGCGAGGUUCCUGUGUGGACCAGGUUCCACCUCCUACGCUGAGGCCGAGCCGCAGAGCGACGGCGAUGAGGAGGAACUGGAUGAAGACGACCUGGAGGACGUAGAGAAGGUGAAGUGUUCAGGAGAUGCAGCUUCUGCCGCAGCACCCGAUUACGAGACUCUGAGGAGAGAGACGCAGAUGCUGGAGCUUCAAGUGCACGAGUUUUACAGAGGAGAGUGUGUCCUGCCUGAGAAGGUGCAAACGCACACUGAGGACCGCGAGAACGUCCCGCCGUUGCCGCUGGUCGACUCUCGCGCUCAGCGAGCGAUCCAGAGAAGCAUCGUUGUGAAGAAGCUGUGCAGAAGUCUCGAAGACAUCAUCGGGCCUCUGGGUGUCACCAUGAGCGAGAUCAUCAACGAUAUUAACUCCGUCCUCCGGACCUUCAGAUUUACAAACGUUAACAUCAUCCACAAGCCUCCUGAAUGGACUUUGAUUGCCGUCGUUCUGCUUACAGUUUUGGCUGAGGUGUCUCCGUCUCUGAGGGAAUCGAUGACAAGGACUUGUUCAGUCGACUACAUCAGCUCUCUCAUGAAGGAGCUCGGGCUGAAAGACGAGGACCUGCAGAGUCUCGUGAAGCUCCUCAGACCUCCCAGGAACGCGUGUGCUACAGUCUCGGCUACAGAGUGCAGAGUCGACUCAUGAGCAGCUCUUUACAUCCACACUUCAUUAAAACACUGUAAUCCAGAGCUGAUGUUAGUCCUGUAGAAUUUGGUGCAAUUAAUAAAAAUGUUGGGAUGUAUUCAAUGUCUGAUGUUCAAAUGAGUAAAAAUGAGCUGGAUUGAU